GUACACUGACAUAAUGUUUCUCUUGUCAAAAAAAAAGAUGCUUCACUACUAUUCAUCGCGUUGACUGCCCUGACUCGAUCUGAAGAUUGACUCACCAAAAUUCAACCUUCAACACCAGGCACAAUGACUGCAGCGAACGGACACGCAAACACUGUAAACUCGGAGCACUUCUCCCCAUAUAGAGCCGAUGGCAAACUAUAUGGAUUUGUCUGUGUGGUGACAGGCGCGACCCAACCUGUUGGAAGAGCAAUUGUUGCUGAGCUUGCUGCCCACGGCGCGGCAUGCAUAUACGCAUGCUCCUCGAACCCGAAUGACCCAUACGCCGAACUUGCUGAAACUAUCAACGCACAAUACCCUAACACCAAAGUCAUCGGGUACCCCUACAAGAUCAACUCAGAAGAAGACACUCUAGGUCUAAUCGACGAUGUACUGAACUCCUGGGGCCGCCUCGACGUAUGGACUUCCAGCACUGGGCUCCUCGGUCCACCAUCAAUCACCACGACAGGCACGAAAGACCUGUACGCAGCCUUUGAGACAAACGCCAUGCCUGCUUUCUUUGCCCUGAAGUACGCGCCUGCAGCAAUGCAGAAAACCGCGCCUAAAGGCAGCUAUCCCAACGCUGCACCUAAAGACGCACCCUACGGUAGCAUCAUAGUCAUCACGUCUGUUGCAGGGACGUAUGGUGGUUGCUGGGCCCCUGCCUUUACCAUGGCUUCUCACGCGGCUCUGGGCGUCGUGCGCUCUGGUGUGCUAGUUCUCAAGGGCACUGGUGUUCGCAUCAACGCCAUCACUGCCGGCCAGAUUGACGUUGGAGUCGAUUUGAGGGAUAGCGGUGUGAAGGAGAUGGCGCAGGGACAGUUUCCGCCCGCCUCGUUGCAGGGUGGGGAGACUCAGAAGAGGACGAUUGGGCUGGAGAGGGCUGGUAGGCCAGAAGAAGUAGGGAGGGUUGCUGGGUUUUUGGCGAGCGGCUUCAGUAGUUAUAUCACGGGGGCAGAGCUGAGGGUUGAUGGUGGGGCGGGGGUCAUGAAUCCUUUGACUGUGCCCGUGUAGAAUGUGAUAUUUGUGUAGUGGGAAGUACUCUGAUAAUCUGUUAACAAAAAACAGAGGUUGAGCCUCGUACGGCUUUGAGAUAUUCUACCCCUCUUCUCUCUGAUCACGCAUUGACAAGGCUCCUAUCACCGUCUCACAAUUUUGCUGUCACUUCCUUUUAUUCUAGAAGUUUGGCUGAGUAUGCGUAGCACCUCAAUUGUCAUCAUCAUCCUCGC